AUGGUUGCAUUCAGGCUGUCGCUUCUUGGAGCAGCUGGGCUUCUGAGUGGGGUUGUCAACGCUCAGUUUCCUCCGACACCAGAGGGCGUGACCGUUCUUGAAUCGCAACUUGAUGAGGGUGUCACGAUCUCAUACAAGGAGACCGACCUCUGUGAAACCACAGAAGGCGUCCGAAGCUUCUCCGGCUAUGUUCACCUCCCAGCUGGAGCACUUGCCGAUCUCGGUGUCGAGAACCAAACCUACGAGAUCAACACCUACUUUUGGUUCUUUGAAUCGAGGAAAGAUCCUGCCAAUGCCCCUCUCUCCAUCUGGAUGAACGGUGGACCCGGCUCCAGUUCCUUUGUUGGACUUUUGCGUGAGAACGGACCAUGCUUCAUUGGUGCCGAUUCCAAUAGUACCUACCUCAACGAAUGGUCGUGGAACAACGAGGUCAACAUGCUUUAUCUCGACCAGCCCGUUCAGGUUGGCAUGAGCUAUGACAGCCUGGUCAACAUCACCACUAAUCUAGACACCGGCGAUCUUGAGGUUGUAGACUUCGGCAACGGCCCUGUUCCUCCCCAAAACAACAGCUUCUAUGUCGGCACCUACCCUAGCGAAAACUCCAACCUCACCACACGUGGUACUGAGAACUCUGCACGAGCGCUCUGGAACUUUGCCCAAGUCUGGUUCCAGGAAUUUCCUGAGCACAAGCCAAAUGAUGACAGAAUCUCUAUUGCGACAGAAUCUUACGGAGGUCGUUAUGGACCAGCGUUUGCAGCUUACUUCCAGGAGCAGAACGAGAAGAUCGAGAACGGGACGUGGAGCGAGGCCGGACAGACACAUCUCUUACACCUCGACACUCUACUUAUCAUUAAUGGCUGCAUUGAUCGUUACGUCCAAUGGCCGGCUUACCCAAGGAUGCAGUACAACAACACGUACGGUAUCAAGGCUGUGAACGAGUCGCGCUAUGAGGAAGUGCUCGACAACCUAUACAAGGAGGGAGGCUGUCUUGAUCAAAUUGAAGAAUGUCGCAACAUCAGCCUUAUAUACGAUCCUACUAACCAAGGCUACAACGAGACCGUCAACGAAGUAUGUGAGGCGGCAGAGACAUUCUGUUCCGAAACGAUCCGUGAUCCUUACUUCGACACCGACCUCAACUACUACGACAUCUCCGCCCCCGGUGCAGCUGCUUUCCCACCACCAUGGUAUCAAGGCUGGCUGAAUCAGCCACAUGUACAGCAGGGACUUGGUGUACCUCUCAACUGGACUCAAUCGAACUCGGCCGUGUCGCGGGCAUUCCGAGGUAUUGGCGAUUAUCCACGUCCAGGUUGGAAGGAGGAUCUAGCGUAUCUUCUCGAAGAGGGUAUCAAGGUCACACUGGUGUAUGGUGACCGAGACUAUGCCUGCAAUUGGUACGGUGGUGAACUGCUCUCGCUUGCUAUCCCCUACGACAACGCCACUUCAUUCGCGGAUGCCGGAUAUGCGCCUGUCGUCGUGAACGAUACCUACAUCGGGGGCCAAGUGCGUCAAUACGGCAAUCUAUCCUUUACGCGAGUGUACGAAGCUGGUCACGAGGUACCAGCCUACCAGCCCGAAACCGCGUACAAGAUCUUCACACGCGCUCUCUUCAACCGCGACAUCAGCACCGGCAACAUUUCUACGACCGAGACCCCUGACUACGCCAGUGAAGGACCAAGUGACGUGUAUAACAUCACCAAUGAGCCGAUUGUCGAUGAGGGCACGCAAUGCUACGUUCUUGACCCCGGUCAGUGCACAGCGGAGCAGUGGGAGUCAGUCAUGAAUGGAACGGCCCUGGUGCGAAACUGGAUCGUUGUCGACGCCAACACUAGCUACCUGUUCCCAGAUCUAGCUGGUAACGGUACAUCGAGCAACGGAAGUACACCUUCUGGCACGGGUUUGCCAAUGCCCACUUACACCGCGGCUGCAUCCGGUGGUCUCUCUGCGAGCGUUUUGGGCAGUGCGAUGAUUGCUGCGGUUAGACAUCUACUCUUCUUCUCAACGCCCACAUCUCCACCCAGACUUACCUUCGGAUCCGCCCUCCGCGCAGGCGUAUCAAUCGGCCUAGACUUCCCCGUCGCAGUCCUCCUGAGCCUAUCCCUCCGGCUCAUGUACGCGCCCUUCCCCUUCCUCUGGUCCCCCAUCAUCGUCGAUAAGAUCCCAGCGUCAGCACAUCGCACACAAUUGAGCUCCGUCACUCUACCAAAGGGAAAAGCCGACUAUACUUGCACCGAGCUGCUAUCUCUUCUCAACAACAGCGCCGAGGAGAAUCAGGGCAAGGGCUGGUUGAAACACAAGAUUGAUCAGGGGCAUGUGGUGGGGUUUUGGAGUAUGGCUGCGAGUGCAAGGACGCAUACUGUUAGGAGGGAUGAUGUCGAGCGGUUCCAACAGGGGGAGUGGGAAGGGCCUGUUGUUAAGAGGAGACGGGGGAGAGACGAUGUUUUGCCGCUUUGGAGGGGUGGGCCGAUAUGGGUUGGGGGGCACAGUUGGGCUGUCUGGAAGGUUCUUGGAGUGAGGGUUUAUGAGGAUAAGAGGCGGUAG